CUAUCGAAGUUUGACAUGUAUCGACUGCCGCCACUUUAUUACAGUUCAGUGUUAAUCAGCUGUGCAGUGAUGUUUGCAUUUUACUAUACAUACAUCAGAAUGUCGGACGAAGAAGAGGACUACAUGUCCGACAAGUUCUUAGCUGGUCUACAGGAAGUACGCCCCAGUUUAGUAAAUAAUCGCGCCAAAAAGCGUCAAAUCCAAGUGCAAACAAAACAGGAAGAAAACAGCAAGCGACAACGCGAAGCAGCCAAUGCCACCACAGUAAAUAAUACGAGGCUGCAACAGUCUUUAAAUAAGCCGCUAGCAGCGGAUAACAAAGGCUUUCAGCUGUUGGCCAAAAUGGGCUACAAGGCAGGUAGUGGCCUGGGUAAACAGGCAGAUGCACGCAUCGAGCCCAUUGCCAUUACUAUUAAAAACGAUCGCGGUGGGCUAGGACGCGAGGCAGCGAUUGCCGAGCUGACAGCCAAGCGACAGGAGCUGCGGCGAGAGCAUUUGCUGCGCAAAGCAGGCAUUGGAUCCGGCGAGGAAAUCAGCACAGAGGAAUAUCGCCGGCGAGCUACACAAAAAGCCGAAGAACGCAAGCUUCACUACGAUAUAAAGCGUUGUCAGCAAACGUGCGAGUCGCUGGAUCUAGCAGAAGGCGUCACAGAACCAGAUCUAGACUUUUUCUGGCCACCCAAACCCAUAGAGCCAAGUGAGGAGACAGAAGCUGAGGCAGUAGUUGAAGCAGCAGAGCCUGAAGAGAAGGAGGAACAGUACAGUGCAGGCGAGCAGCUGGAGCUACUGACCAGCUAUCUGCGCACCGCUUACAAAUUUUGUUAUUGGUGUGGCACGCAUUACGAAAGCGCCGAGGAUUUGGACAGCAACUGUCCCGGUUUGACACGCGAUGAGCAUUAGCAUUAUUAGUAUUAGAUCUAAGUUAAUCAUUUAAGCGUUAGUUUCACAAAAUACGUGCACAUUUAUAUAUUACAACAAAUGGUAGUCAAAAAACAGUUAUGUAUAGCGGUGUACUAUGAUUGAGUCGGAAUUGAGGCGUACAAUUAGAAUGCGGCUAUACGCGUCCCUCUAAUUUCUGUAUAAGAUCGUGCGUCUGCUCGAUGACGCUGUAGAUAAAUGGUCGCUCCAUAGGAUCGAUGCGCAGCAUGUACUUAAUCAGUUCAUGCAUGUCCUGUGGAAUAAAAAGUUCUAAAGUAAA